GCCCUCUGCUGGCGGGGUGUAUCCGCCCUACACUACUUUCCCCAUUCGUCCUGUUUGGUAUAAGAACGCUUCUUCGUUCCCUGUAUGCCUUUGCACUGGUGUACCGGACGCCCACUCGCGCUGCGUACUCCAAUGCCGGCCUACUGUCUCCAGGAUUGUCAUUAUUUUUACCGCAGCGCUUUGCGGUUACUAUCUAUUAGCACCUAUAUCUCGCCUCUCUACGCUUAGCUAAUCCGCUCUCUUAUCAUGGCAGUACGCACCUUUACCCAACCUCGUUCCCUGAACGAAUCUUUGGCAACCGUCAUGUCUGGCACUGAGGUGAACGGCGUGGUUAGGUCGGAGGCUGCAGCCAAGGAGAGUCAACAGUCUUACCCAGCUGAAGCAAAGGACCCUCUCGCUUCACACACGAACCCGCACUCGAAGCCUGGCAUCACCUUCGCGCACCAGGACAGGCUCCCGAAGCUACCUAUACCGGACCUCGACAAGUCAUGCCAGAAGUACCUCUCAGCCUUGAAGCCGCUUCAAAGUCCCAAGGAGCACCACGACACCAUCAUGUCAGUUCAAGAGUUCGUCAAGUCAGAUGGAGCCGUUCUGCAAGAGAAGCUCAAGAAAUAUGCCAAUGGCAGGGCCAACUACAUUGAGCAGUUCUGGUAUGAUUCGUAUCUCAAUUUUGAUAAUCCAGUGGUACUUAAUCUAAAUCCGUUUUUCCUACUGGAGGAUGACCCGACCCCGGCCCGCAACAAUCAAGUCAACCGCGCAGCCUCGUUAGUUGUCUCGGCACUAUCUUUCGUUAGAGCAGUGCGGAGAGAGGAGUUGCCACCUGACACGGUUCGUGGCCAACCCCUUUGCAUGUAUCAGUAUUCAAGGCUGUUCGGUACCGCGCGAAUACCGACCGAAAAUGGAUGCCAAAUUGGCCAGGACCCGACCUCGAAGCAUAUUGUCGUCCUUUGCCAUGGCCAGUUCUAUUGGUUCGACGUCCUAGAUGACAAUUCUGAUCUCAUCAUGACGGAGAAAGAUGUCGCUCUCAAUUUGCAAGUCAUUAUCGAGGAUGCAGCGGAAGUGCCGAUUCAAGAGGCUGCGAAAGGGGCACUAGGUGUCCUAAGUACCGAGAAUAGAAAGGUCUGGUCCGGUCUACGCGAUGUCCUCCAUCGGGAAGAAGGCUCCAAUAACUCCGACUGCUUGAACAUAGUCGAUUCUGCAUUAUUCAUCCUGUGCUUGGACUACACUGAGCCUACGACUGGUGCAGAACUCUGCAUGAACAUGCUCUGCGGGUCAAGCAAGGUGGAGAAAGGCGUUCAAGUCGGCACAUGCACGAACCGCUGGUACGAUAAGUUGCAAAUAAUCGUAUGCAAGAACGGAAGCGCAGGGAUCAACUUUGAGCACACAGGUGUCGAUGGUCAUACUGUCCUUCGGUUCGCUUCAGACGUUUACACGGACACUAUCCUCCGAUUCGCGAGAACUAUUAAUGGAGGCGCACCAAGCCUCUGGGCUUCCACGAGCCCUGACCCAGCGAAGCGAGACCCAGACAGCUUCGGCGAUGUACAGACCACUCCACACAAACUUGAGUGGGAUAUGGUGCCUGAGCUGAGCACUGCCCUGCGAUUUGCUGAGACUCGUUUGGCGGAUUUGAUCCAGCAGAAUGAAUUCGCGACCCUUGAGUUCCCACACUAUGGCAAGAACUUCAUGACAUCGAUGGGUUUCUCUCCAGAUGCUUUUGUACAGAUGGCUUUCCAGGCUGCUUACUACGGCCUCUACGGCAGGAUGGAGUGCAUUUAUGAACCUGCAAUGACGAAAUUUUACUACCAUGGCAGAACGGAGGCGGUUCGAUCAGUUACAGAGGAAUCUGUAGAUUUUGUAAGGACAUUCUGGGGUGAAAAUCCAGCAGCGGCGAAAGUCGAAACACUUCGCAAGGCCUGUACGAAGCACUCUGAGAUCACUAGGGACUGUGCGAAAGCGCAAGGCCCCGACCGACAUCUGUAUGCGUUGUACUGCAUAUGGCAACGGGCGAUUGAUGAAGAGGGCAUGGAGAUGGCUAGCAGCGACGGCUAUGAAUCUACACGACCUUCAAGCCCUGAAGUCUCUGAGAAAGUUAACUCAGUCGUUGGAUCCCCAAACUGCAACUCUGUCAUUUCAGAGAAUGGAUCGUUGUCGAGCUCCCCUCAUUCUCCCGUGCAACACUCAAUGCCCGCUCUUUUCGCAGACUCUGGCUGGGAUAAGCUCAAUACGACCGUCUUGUCAACAUCAAAUUGUGGCAACCCCUCGCUACGACAAUUCGGUUUCGGGCCUACCUCUGGUGACGGUUUCGGAAUUGGAUAUAUCAUCAAGGACGGUAGCAUCUCCAUAUGCGCGUCGUCUAAGCACCGACAAACUUCCCGCUUUAUCGACGCUCUCGAGUCAUACUUCCUCGAAAUUCGAAAACUCCUCCGGCAACUGAAGCGUCGCGGAACAUCUGCCGACAAGACAGCCUCGCGAGCGCGAGAGGCCGAAGACCGACCCAACAAGGCCGGCCGCCUGAAGAGCCGCGGACGAAUUAUUCUCGCGGAUGGAAAGACUCAGACUCCUGCUACAGAAAGCAUUACCGAGUCUGAUGAUGAGGGUCUCGGUGGAUACUUCGCGGAAACACGUUGCUGUUAAACCGCUUCAGCGGAAGUGUACGAAAGCAGUGGUCAGGAGACUUCACCCCCAUGCUUUCUCUUAGAUUUCUUUUUAUUCACG